CAGACAUUGCCUUGACACACUUCAUCGUGCGAGGGUGCGAAACGAGGUCAUGUUUUUCGACGACGAAGGCCACGAGUCCACGCGCAACGGCGGUCUCCGCCGGAAGUUCUUGGAAGCCUUUGCAGGCGAUCCCAAUCGCUACCCCUUCCAACCAGUGGAGGAUACUUAUCGCAGACGUGAAGACUACUAUGUCACCAUGCAAGCGAACGUGCUGGCAGAAGCGGUUUGCGGCUUUCACAGUGGAGCCGGGAACGUUCUGCUGCAUUGCCGCGCGGUGUAUGAUGCUCUGUCGGCGUAUCGCCCUGUGGAUGCUACGGGAAGACGACCACAGGUGGAAGCUGAGUUACAACUGAAAGACAACAUCGUAGAGUUGAACGGUUCUCUCUUCUGGGUCACCAAGUGCGAGGAGGAAAGUGGAGAGACUGCAGUCAAGCUGAAAGGAUUUUCGCUUGAAGGCAGAAGCCUGGAAACGGCUUUGCAGCGUCAUGGCGUUGCUGAGGGACGCCUGAAAGUUCGUCUCUUUGCGGGGGAUUACCUGGUGAGGUACCAAUGCGCUGCAAGCCUGCAGAUUUCAGCCCCAAAGAACCUGUCGUUGGAGCGAAUGGUCUUGAACCCCACACGGCAAGAUCCUGGAACCUAUGCCAUGUGCCGACCCUUGCAGCCGCGGUUGAUGCCCUUCAAUGAGGACCAAGAGCGUGCCGUGAAGUCUCUGAGUUCUCGUGUCGAACUCAUUCACGGCCCACCUGGGACGGGUAAGAGCACCACCAUCUUCCAUGUGUUGAGUGCUCGAAUGCCUGCAGGUGCGGCUUCGGUCGUCACCUGUGUAACGAAUCAAGCCAUUGAUGCUGUGUCCGAGAAGCUGGCCAUCACACACGAGGCGACCAACGGCAUGCGGAUCUUGGUGCUGGGCAAUCCGAGCCGUGUGGGCAAGACGGCUGGGAGGUAUACUUUGGCGAAUUUGUGUCUGCGCGAUUCAUUGGUGGUGAGCAUGAAAUGGGCCCUGAACCUCCUCCAGAAGGUCUUGAAGUCCGUUGAAGCCUUGCAGCAGGCCCGACAGCAACGGCUUUGGAAGGCCCACAGACGCUCGCGCUUGAGUUUGUCAUACAUUGAAAAUUUGCCAAGUGUCCGAAGAUACAAACUAGACCUUCAGCACGACGCGAUGUAUGGCCGACGGCAGCCAGCGAAUUUUGACCCGCUGCAGUUCUAUUUGGAUCGCCUGAAUUCUACCAAGGAGAAGAUGGCUCGUGUCGUGGUCCGUAGCAAGGCCAUGCGUGUGCCCAGCCGGCAGCCACCACGCCUCCCAUGGUACGGCCUGUGGCGACGGCUGUGGGACGUGGAGAACUUCUGUCAGCGGCUGCGGCGUUGUGUGCAGAGGGCGCAGCAGGCGCUACAUGUGGCGAGGGACACGGCGGAGAGGCGAGUGGUGCGGCAGACGCGGGUCUUUCUGUGCACCAUUCCGUCCAGCUAUCAGGUUCGAAAGCUCCAGGAAGACUUCCCUGACGACUUCCCCAACCGUUUGGCCAUGAGCAUCCUCGACGAGGCGGCGGCUACGGCGGAGACCUACGUGCCGCUGGUGAUCAGUAUUGGAGUGGAGAACCUGGUGAUGCUGGGUGACCACAAGCAGUUGAAUCCCUUGGUGUUGGCCACGGGUGGAGACCGAGAGAUCAAGGACAAGAACGUGGAUCGCAGCUUUAUGGAACGCGCCAUGGCCUGCCAGUGUCCCUUGCAUCCGCUGCGGAUCCAGUACCGGAUGCCGGAGGUCUUGUGUCAGUUGGUCUCCCAGCUUUUCUAUGGUGGACAGCUGAGGAGCGACUUGUCCUGUCAGAUUGGCGGCCUGCGGCUCUCGGGCUCGGCCCUGCGCUGGCUGCAGAUCCACGAGAUGGAAACGGAGGUUGGUACGUCCAAGAUCAAUUGCGCAGAAGUGAAACACAUUGUGGCUGCGCUGCAGUCCGACUCCAACUUUCAAAAUCCUCGUGAACACGUGAUGAUCAUCUGUCUCUACAAACCUCAAGCGGCGUUGUUGGAAGAUACGUUGCGGAAGUUCCUGGCGUAUCGCUUGGAUUCAGGAAGCAUCAAGGUGGUGACAGUGGAUGCUUCGCAAGGUUCCGAGGCGCCGCAUAUCAUCCUUUCCACCGUCAGGAGCAAUGACAGCGGUAGCAUCGGUUUUGCCUCGAACCCACGCCGGCUCUGCGUGGGUCUCAGCCGCGCGCAGAAGUCGCUGACCGUCUUUGGCAAUGCCACGACCUUCGAGCAAAACCGACCCCACUGGCAACAGGUGGUCGACUAUUUCCGCCGGCAGCGCGUUUUGCAACGCAGCGCUCUGCCGAUCCCGGCCGAAGUCCAGGACUUUGUCCGGACACGCGCGGCUGAGAUGGUUGCAGCCAGGGCUCCACGAGACGACCGUCGUGAAGUCGGUGGUGUCCGCAUGGGCAAGGGCAAGGGCAAAGGUGGCGGCAGCAGCACUAUUCGGUGCAGGUAUUGGGUGCUUGGAAGCUGCCGUUAUGGAUUGUCCUGCACCUUUGCACACAAUUGAGGCCGGCGGCCAGCCGAAGCGCUUCACUGUUUUCCAAGCGGCUGGCCGCAUCUGCGGAUGGUCAAAACUGGCUUUGCCGUGGAACAUCUUUGGGUUUGUCUGAA